UAAAUAUCUGGGCAGAUGGCAUCCUACCGAGCAUGCCCUCUCCACCUCCACAGAUCGCAUCGCCGCCCAGGGAAACGAUGAGCCGCGAGGCCAGCGGCGCGUCGGUGAGCUCUGCCCCGGUGCCCGAGCCAGAGCGGCAGCAGGGGCAGGGGAACCAAGGGGAGGAGGCGGGGUCGACGCCGCUGGAGAAGGUGUCGGAUAAAGUGGAGGAGCUGUACAGUCUCCGCGACACCUUCUUCCCCCGAGACCCCUCCGAGAAGUCUGCGUCCCUCCGCGCCUGCGCCGACGCCGCCCUGGGAGUCCUCGAUUCCCUGCCUCCCGUAUGGGUGUCAACAGCUUCUGUAGAUAUGUGGUGCCGGGGUCUGGGAGCUAUUAAGCGUGGUGGCUGGCCGCUGGCAUGACAUACACUAGGGGGAGUGUAUGGUACAAAACAGACAAGACCAGUAUUGGGAGCAAAGAAAAUCCCCAGAAGAGCGUGUUAUUUAUGAAUUUUUGAUGGGGAAAAUACUCGAUGCCUUCCCAGAUUAUUGUAAGGAGGCUGAAGAGCAUUUAUCCAAAGCAGUAAAGCUGAAUCCAUCUCUUGUGGAUGCAUGGCUAUGUUUGGGUAACUGCAUCUGGAAGAAGGGGAAUUUGGCAUCAGCAAGGAACUGUUUCUUAUUAGCACUAAGUAAGGGUGCAGAUAAGAAAAUACUAUGUCAACUCUCAAUGCUUGAAAGGAGUAUGGCUCAAUCUAGUGAAGACCAAGCGUUGUUAGUGGAAGAGAGCAUUAAUCAUGCAAAAGAAGCUGUAAUGCUGGACAUAAAAGAUGGAAAUUCCUGGUAUAAUCUGGGUAAUGCAUACCUCACAAGCUUCUUUGCGAGCGUAGCCUGGGACAAAGCUAGGCUUCAUCAUUCGAUCAAAGCAUAUCAAAAUGCUGAGAAGGAUGAAACUAUGAAACUAAAUCCAGACCUCUACUAUAAUUGUGCCACAGCUUACAAAUACUUAGAGAACUAUGAAAGUGCCCUUCGCGGAUAUGAAGCUGCUGCGUUAAAAGAUCCUGCUCUCAGGGCUGACAUAGAAGUUCAGAAGAUCAUCAAUCUCCUUGAUAAGUUAGAGAAUGCAACGAAGGUACCUUCUGUAACUAUAGGACGACUACGACCCAAGAGAUCAGCAUCAUUGGUGUCAUCUCUGAAUGAAGUCAAUUUCAAGUUAUUCCACAAGAAAGCAACCAUAAGCAUCCUAUCAGGAGGUUUGAACAAGACAGUUGCUGUUGUGUGUAAAGUGGUUCUUUGGAUAAGACAUGACGAUGAUGCUCCACUGUAUUAUUUAACAUGUGACUUGGAUCAGUCUUAUUUCAUACUAUCAGUUUACGGGCUACAGAAUGAAGCAAUUAAAGAAGGCGAUCGAGUGGUACUGCUGGAACCAUACUACAAAAUCCUAGAUAUAUCUUGGAAAGAACAGCGCUAUAAGUUCAAGUCAAUUCGUGUGGACUUCCCAGAACAAAUUAUUAUCAACGAGAAAGCUCCAGCUGCUCAUCAGGUUGCCCGGGCUUCAAUCCGUGCUCAGCAUAAACCAUAAUUGUUGGCAAAACACUCCAAUUAUUACCUUAUUUGCUGUACUGGACUUUUAGGCGUACAAGAGAAAGUGUACACAAAAAGGUUAUUAAUUGAUGUCCAUCCACUCAUUAUGCAUAUAAUUCCAUGUAAAUAUUUUUUGUAGAGUACACCGUUGGCAUAAUAAUUUUUAUAGAAGUCAGCAAACAAAUUUACAGGGCGCUCAAA